UAAUCGUCUUCUUCUUCAGCUUCUUCUUCCUCUCUCUCUCUCUCUCACAGUCCGCCCCUGAGUCAAUCGCACCUUUACCCAUUACCAAUGGUCGACGUCGACCGGAGAAUGACUGGUCUUAACCCGGCCCACCUCGCCGGCCUCCGCCGUCUUUCCGCCCGUGCUGCCGCUACCUCCACCGCCUCCUCCGCCCCCCUCCGCAACGGUCUCCUCUCCUUCUCCUCUCUUGCCGAUGAAGUCCUCACCCAUCUACGAAACUCCGGCGUCGACGUUCAACCCGGUCUCUCUGAUGCGGAAUUCGCCCGAGCUGAGGCCGAGUUCCGCUUCGCCUUUCCUCCUGAUCUCCGGGCAGUUCUCUCCGCUGGCCUCCCCGUUGGCCCCGGUUUUCCUGACUGGCGCUCCUCCGGUGCACGCCUCCAUCUUCGGUCCUCCCUCGACCUCCCAAUCGCUGCAAUUUCCUUCCAAAUCGCUAGAAACACUCUCUGGUCUCGCUCUUGGGGUCCCAGGCCGGCGGAACCGGAAAAGGCCUUACGGGUUGCGAGAAAUUCGCUUAAACGAGCUCCUGUUUUGAUACCCAUUUUCAACCAUUGCUACAUUCCCUGCAACCCGCCCUUGGCCGGGAAUCCGAUCUUUUUUGUCGAUGAGAGUCGAGUUCUUUGCUGUGGCUUUGAUUUGUCCGAUUUCUUCGAACGGGAGUCUCUGUUUCGAUGCUCUGCUUCCGAUUCCGAUUCGGGUCCUCUGUUUUCGAAACAGAGGUCUCUCGCCGAGAAGUCCUUUGGAUCGUCCACGAAUUUCUCGCGACGGAGUUUAGAUUCAGGGGUUGUAAAAACGCCGAGGUGGGUCGAGUUUUGGAGCGACGCCGCCGUGGAUCGGCGGCGGAGAAACUCGUCGUCGUCAUCGAAUUCCUCGCCGGAUCGGUUCUUCGAGUUGCCAAGAUCCGAAAUCCCGAAAUGGGUUGGGGAGUAUAUUGGAGAAUUAGGAUCAGUUUUGAGAUCGGGCGGGUGGAGUGAAUCGGAGGUGGCGGAGAUGGUGGAUGUCUCAGCAUCAGGAUUCUUCGACGGCGAAAUGGUUAUGUUGGAUAACCAGGCGGUUUUGGAUGCUCUGCUUUUGAAAGUGGACCGGUUUUCCGGUUCGUUGAGACGGGCCGGGUGGAGCUCCGAAGAGGUUUCGGAGGCGUUUGGCUUCGAUUUUCGGCCGGAGAAGGAGAGGAAACCGGCGAAGAAGCUCUCGGCGGAAUUGGUGGAGCGAAUUGGGAAACUGGCUGAGUCGGUUUCCCGGUCAUGAUACGUGACUGUAUUUUUCUCUUUUUUAAAACAAAAAUAUAUAUAUUUUCGAAGUUUAAGGCAUUCGAUUUCCGAACUGUAUUUUACCCUUUUUUUCCCCUCUUCCUCGUUUUAGGUAAAA